GUCACACAAAGAAUGGGUAUUACAAUUAUAUCGGAUCGACAUGCCGGGAUUAAACACGUCGUCGGUGGUUUUCCCGACGAAUGGGGAUGGACAUGGCGCUGGUGUAUUCGUCACUUCCUUGCCAAUUUCCAACACAAAUUUGGCAAGAAGAAAGACAUAAGAGAUCAAUUGUGGAGUGCAGGUAGUAAUGUAGUUCAGUCGAUUCUUCAUGGUUUAUUGUUGAAAUGAAAUUUCUUAUGGCUUAAUUAUUUAUUCUCCGGUCUUGUACCGGUUGCACAUCAACCAAAGAAGUACGAGCAGAAGAUGAAGACGAUCCUUCAGAUACACCGGGCGGGAGCAAUAUGGGCAGAAGGUCAAGAUCUGCACAUAUGGACAUUUCAUAUGGACAACGGGGCUAGAUUCGGCAUUGCAACUACCAACCAUGGCGAGAGCAUAAAUGGAGUCUACAAGGGCAUUAGGGCAAUGCCUGUAUCUGUCCUAGUGGAGAUGACAUACUGGAAGGUAAACGAGUGGUUUGUAAAGAGACGGGAGCUCGCUAUAGGGAGGGAGCGUGCUGGUCAUUCAAUAGCACAUCAUAUAUUUGAUGGCAUGCAGAAGAUCGAGGAGAAAUCAAGUAAGCACAGGGUUGUUCUGUUCAACCGCAAUGAAGGUGUUUUUGCUGUGUAAACAGGUAUAUGGGGUGGAGGAAGACGUGGGCAUAAUCGUCAAUCCGUUACUCUACACGUAGAAACUCGCACCGGAGAGUGUACAUGCCAAAAGUAUCAAAACAGAAGAGUACCUUGUUCACAAGCAAUGGCAGUAGCUAAGUCGAUAACCCUCAGCGCUUACAGUUUGGUUAGUCCUUACUACACGGAACAGGCGAUCAGGAACUCCUACUCGUCAAGCUUCAGCCCCCUGCUGGAUGAAGCUUAUUGGCCUGUAGACAAUGGGAAGUUGAUUAUCCCACCGUUGCACUUAAAGCGCACCAAAGGUCGUCCUAGGACCGAAAGGAUUCACAAUGAAAUGGAUCAAUCACA